AUGCGUUCAUCUCAGCCAGUGCCUUCAUUUGUUAUUGAAACUUGUUCAUCGGAUGGCAAACAAAAACCAAUUGAAAGCCCGAAAAAGUUAACUUCAACUAUUUCACGUACAUGGAGUUUACCGGACUGUAAUGAAACGUACAAGGAUUUAUGUGGUGCUGUACAUUAUACAUUUUCUAAACAUUUAAAUAAUUUUUUAAAACGAUCACAUUCAUAUCCAAACGCUUAUCUUUUAAAAUGUUUGAAAUACAAUGAAAAAAAACUUCUUAUUCAAUCUCCAUCGACAUCAAUUCGUUGUAAUAUGAAUUUACUUGGGCCUAAUGGUGGUAUGCAAACGCCUAGUUGUUUAUCAUCACGUCAUUCAUUAAAUGGAAGUUCUUUUGAUAUAUCUGAAAGUGAUAAUCGUCUACCGCCAGAUCAAAUAUUUCUAAGGUCAAACAAUAAAAUACUAACCGUUGAUGGGCAUCCACUAUUAAUUGUAGAUCCUUCUAUUCGAUUAACGACAGAUACUUAUCAUGAUAAAUGUACUGAUUGGCUUACUCAUCUUAACAUAAAUCCUACUUAA